AAUUUUUCGUAUGGAAAACUUGAGAUCCAACCCAGCUGAGGUGAGCAGCGGGGAGGGACACAUUUCCAAAACCCAGGCUCUCCGUGGAUCGGUAAAAUUUCCUCAACGAUGCAGCGAUGGUGCACCAAACUUCGAUCACUGGCCAUCCUUCACUCUACCCACAAACCCACCCAACUCUCUGUCUCAUCAUCAUCAUCACCAUCACCAUUUUCCCAUCGUCUCCUCCACUCUUCUCCUCAGUUUCUUCACAUCCCCCUCUCAUUAUCCCUGAUUUCUUCCAAUUUUAAGCCCCUUUUCAAUGCCUCUUCACCCUCAAAUCAUCCUUCGCUGCUCAAUCAGAUGGUCCUCUCGCCUCCUCUUCCCCACCUCUCUUUCAUUCAAGUGCGGCAUCUCACGAAGAAAGAGAUGAAGGAGAAGAUGAAAAAGUUCAAGCCGAGGACACCUGUUAAAUCCAAGCUCAAGAAAAUCAAAAUGAAAUGCUAUUCAUCUUUUAAGGGCAGAUUUAGGUUAAUGCAUGAUGGCAAUAUUAGGCGCUGGAAGGAGGGGAAGCGACACAAUGCACACUUAAAGUCUAAGAGUGCAAAACGUAGACUUAGACAACCAGGCAUUGUUCCUUUGGCUUAUGCAAAAGUCAUGAAGAAGCUGAACUUCUGUGGUUAAAGCAUUUGGGAGUUGCUCAAUCGGUGCUCUGCCUUUUUGGCUUUGAAGACAAAAAGUUCACCUCUGUUCUCUGUUUGUUUUCCUCGACAUUUUGAAAUACAUAGACUGAAAAUAGUGAAAACAUUUUGUAGCAAGAGGAUUGUAGCCAUCAUUCUGUUUGAUUUGUUUGACUUGAGGGUUACUCGAAACUUUUAUAUGUUUUGUUUAAUGUUUUGAAGAGGCAAUCUUUUUGAAUAAGAAAUAGCCAACGAUACCUUUAACCCUAACUGUUAUGGUGGCUUUUGCACUGA